AUGAACGCUUCUUCCUUUUUCGUAAAAUCAAGGAGGGCGCUGGGAACUGUCAGCUCGUUGUAUCGGACAGGGUCUAUUAGAAUUGGAACGAGGGGGCCUGCUGUUGCUGCUUUGAAUUACCCACACAAUGCAAAGUAUUUUGGCACAGCUACCAAUCUUUUACUGCCAAAGGAGCCAGUCAACUAUAAGCACGCAGUGUCCUACGGAGCCCUCGCUGCUUCCGCCCUUUUCGCUGUGUACGGUCUCACGGGUGGUCAAAAGAAUUUUGACAAUUUAAAACGUGGAGUGGGUUAUGAUCACUACCCUUCCAACAAUCCCUGCGAAGAUCGCAUUAUAGUUGAGAAUCCCGUCCCAAAUAUCUUAUUAACCGGCGUAGCCGAUGGCCAUGGAGGCACUUUCGUCUCCGACAUCGUGAAAAUGGAAUUCGGAAAGCUGGUCAAGAAAUUCUUCUCUAACAUCGAUUACAUCGAUAAAUACUCCCUCGAAUCCUACAUGACCCAACGAGUCAUUCAGCUCUACCAAGCGCUCGACGACGUCGUCUACGACCUGAUGAUGUCUCUCUGGGAAUCCGACUCCUCCAUCCUGACGACCGGCGCUUGUCUCGUUUCCACGAUCAUUUACCACGAUUUUUGCCUUGUCGCCAACGCCGGAGACUGCCGCGCAGUGCUGGGCCGCCUCUCUCCGCGCGGCAACAAGGUGGAAGCCGUCGCCUUGACGCACGAUCACAACAUUCGCGAGCCCGCCGAGUUCCAAAAGCUGAAGAAGGCGCAUCCAGAGGAGCGCAAUCUGGUGACGUUUAUCAACGACGAGCCCCGGUACGUGAAAGGCAUCCUGCAGCCCACGCGAUGCAUCGGCGAUUUCGUGCUCAAAGUAGACCUGGCGCUUUUGGUUCACCAGAGGAAAGAGUUCAUCGAGGCCAUUCCGCAGCUGGACCGCUUCGCGCGCGACUUCCAUCCGCCGUACAUCACGGCGACGCCCGAAGUGACGUUCUUUGAGAUCGCGCAGCACGACCAGUUCAUUGUGCUCGCCAGCGAUGGGGUCUGGGACGAGCUCGAUAACCAGGCCGUCGUGGACAUCGUGGCCGAGGUGCUGAGGCGGGGGAACUCCGCGGAGGCCGCAGCCAACACCGUCAUUGCGGCAUGUUUGAAGCAUGCGGCAGGUGGGGGAGAUGGAGAGGCGUAA